CGCUAGAUUCUGCAUUUAGCUUCAGUCGCAUUUUCUGGUGAAAAGCAAGUGCAUGGAAGUUUUGAGGAAACGACAGAAUUAAACGCUGAGGAAGAAUCACACAGCUGGACUCCACAAUACUGAUAUGAUCCACUUUCAUGCUAAAGGAGUGAAUAACAAAGUUUCACCACAUCAUAUGAUGGGCAGCCCACUGCAGCAGAACAGGAAGCUAGACAGGAAGAGUAUCUGACUUUACAAUGAUGAGAAAAAUCCUCUGGGCAGCAGUUUGUAAAACAGGCAUGUGUGUGUGCUUAACUGUGUAUGUGCUUGUGUACAUACUUAUUAAAAGUUUAGGGACAGAAUUGUCCCCAGCAGUGAGCUAAAUCUGACAAAAACCUCCCACGGGGGACAUCCGGGGAUGUCCUCAAUUGGGGAAACAAACAAACAAACAAAUAACAAAUAUAGCAUAUAAUGUUAGCAAUAUCCAAUAAUAUAUAAAUAUACUUAAAAAGUUUUUAGGGGUAGAGUUAGAAUGGGGAUUAGUCUUUAGUAAUUAUAAACUUUAUAUAAAACCAAUAGAAGUAUAUGAUAUAUCCACACUCUUUCUGUAUGUAUGUGUGUGUGUGUGUGUGUGUGUGUGUGUGUGUGUGUGUGUGUGUGUGUGUGUGUGUGUGUGUGUGUGGCUGUACAGAAGUGCAGAAACACACAGCGCUGGAUGCAGCUUGCGGAAGGCGUUAACACAUUUAUUAAUUCCUCUUUGAGCUUUGCCAAAACGCUUUUCCUGGCAUCAAGAUGAACGUGAGUCAGGUGAACACUUCACUCAAGUGCGAGCGGGACACUAGCGUAACGUCCAUACUCUUCCCUUGCCUGUACGCUGCUCUCUUCCUGGUUGCUUUUGUGUUGAACAGUCUGGCCGCCUGGAUCUUCUUCCAAAUCCGCAGCAGCUCAACAUUUGUUGUGUACCUGAAGAACGUAGUCAUGGCCGAUCUGUUGAUGACCCUGACCGUGCCUGUAAAGGCGCUGACCGAUGCGGGGUUGGGUUCCUGGCACCUCCGGGCUUUUCAUUGCCGGUACUCAGCUGUACUCUUCUAUACCACUAUGUACAUCAGCAUCCUUCUUCUGGGAUUCAUUAGCUUGGACCGCUACCUAAAGAUUGUGCAUCCGUUCUGGAAAUGUGCUCUGCAGAGGGUCGGGGUGGGUCGGAUCCUGUGUGCAGUUAUCUGGGUGGUUAUGCUGUCGUUGGCUCUGCCGAAUGUCAUCCUGAGUAACCACAUGCCACCGAUCUCUGCUGGUGGUAAGCUGCGAUGCACCAGGAUGAAGGGGAAGAUGGGAUUAAUCUGGCAUGAAGGUUUCAACUACUUCUGCCAGGUUGUUUUUUGGGGAACGUUGGCACUCAUGGUUGUCUGCUACACCUUCAUCAGCAGGAAAGUGUUUGAAUCGUACCGUGCAUCACAAAGCAGCAGUGACACCGCCAGCAAACAGACCACAUCUAAGGUGUUUGUGGUAGUGGGAGUUUUCUUCGUAUGCUUUGCACCGUUCCACCUGGCCCGAAUCCCUUACACCCUCAGUCAGACCCGGAGCACUUCUUCCCAGUGCUGGGCCCAAAACCAGCUGUAUUUUGCCAAAGAGAUGACACUCUGGAUAUCAUCAACUAACGUGUGCCUGGACCCUCUCAUUUAUGUGUUCCUGUGUCGAGUCUUUCGCAAGAAGCUGACUGCCACACUGAGCCGCCGUCCGCUCCCACAUGGACUGGGCUCUCUGACAGAGUCCACCACCAGAAUGGAGAUGCCCAACAGAGUCCACUGUAACACCAAUCUGGAUUUAGGUCAUCAGUAACACCCUUCUACUCAUCCUGUGGCUGUUAUGAGGUUCCAGGGUUCUUAAUCACUAUUUUUGUCCAGCAAAAAUAUCUAAAAGUAUCUAAAAGCUUGUUUUCAAGAUGUGGAUAUUUUCAUUGGAGCUGUUUUUUCAGUGUAUGAUGGAGCAGAAAUAACAGAAUAUAAGAAGACUCCCUCAUCUCACAGUACCACACGUUGUCUUGCAAUCAAAAAUUUGGACACACUUUACUUUAAGGUUUCAUUUGUAAACAUUAUUUAACUACAAUAGUUCACCUCCAUGUCAUCCAAGAUGUUCAUGUCUUUCUUUCUUCAGUGGAAAAGAAAUGAAGGUUUUUGAGGAAAACGUGAUUACG